UUUUACUCAGCCGACUAAAGCGUCAGCAGCAGCAGCAGCAAAAGCGUCGUAGUAAAAUGCGGUGCUGCUGAGAAAAGAGGAGGCGAUAGACAGAGACAGAGAGGGAGAGAGAGAAGGGGGAGCGAGAGAGUGAGGGAGAGAGACCACCGGGCAGGAUAUUUCUCACCAGAAAACAGAGGCGACCUGUCGUCCUCUCGUCCCCGGACAUGUGGUGCACCCAGCGGCAGUAGUAGCAGCAGUGCUGGCGGUGCUUGCGGUGACGGCGCGGCGUAGCCCUUUACGUCUUUGGAGCUUCUUUUGUCUUUAAUUUUCUUUUUUGUGUGCUUCGGUAAUGAGCUUGCUGGGGGCCUACAAGAAAAAGACCAGUUACGAUGGCUAUGAAUCUUUGCAGUUGGUCGAUAGUGGCGGAGAUAGCUUCAGUGUCGGAAGAGGGAGCAGCAGCAGCGGCAGCGCCACCAUCGCAGGCUCAGUAUCGGCCACCCUAGGACCGAAGGCGGGCCCGCUGAGAGAGGAGGACUGCAGCACCAUGGACAGCUCAGUUCGUUUGUCCCCAGAAAUGGAUGCCAAUUAUGGCGGAGGACUGUUGGAUAUGGUGAAGGGAGGAGCCGGCAAGUUCUUCAGCAACUUCAAGGACAACUUGAAGGACACUCUGAAGGACACCUCCACCAAGGUCAUGCAUCAGGUGGCCACGUACACAAAAGGGGAGCUAGACAUUGCCUACAUCACAUCAAGGAUCAUAGUGAUGACCUACCCAGCAGAGUCAGUGCAGAUUGGCUACCAGAACCACGUAGAGGACAUUCGCUCCUUCCUCGACAGUCGCCAUGCCGACCAUUACACUGUCUUCAAUCUGUCACAGCGUAACUACCGCGGUGCCAAAUUCUCCAACAGGGUUUCCGAGUGUAACUGGCCUUCUCGUCAGGCUCCCAGCCUCCACAACCUUUUUGCUGUGUGUAAAAACAUGCACAACUGGCUCAAACAGAAUCCCAAGAAUGUGUGUGUCAUCACCUGCUCGGAUGGUCGGGGUCCCUCGGGUGUUUUGGUUUGUGCCAUGUUCUGCUUCUGCCACCUCUUCAACAAUCCAGUUCCUGCCAUGCAGCUGCUCAGCGCCAAGAGACCAGGAUCUGGCCUGUGGCCCUCACACCGCAGGUACAUAGGCUAUGUGUGCAGCAUGGUAUCGGAGAAGCCCAGUCUACCCCAUUCCAAGCCCUUGAUGAUCAAGGGUCUUACAAUAAGUCCAGUACCCUGCUUUAACAAGCAGCGUAGCGGCUGUCGGCCUUUCUGUGAUGUCCUUAUUGGAGAGACAAAGAUCUUCAGCACUGCACAGGAGUACGAGAGGAUGAGAGAGCACAGGAUCCAAGAGGGUAAGAUUGCCUUUCCUCUAGGUGCGAGUGUGCAAGGCGACGUCGUUGUUUCAGUGUACCACAUGAGGUCGACCAUCGGAGGACGUCUCCAGGCCAAGGUUUCCAACACACAGAUCUUCCAGAUUCAGUUCCAUACUGGCUUCAUUGCUCCUGGUACCACCGUGCUAAAGUUUAGCAAACCAGAGCUGGAUGCAUGUGACUCUCCUGAGAAGUAUCCCCAGCUUUUCCAUGUGAUACUGGACGUGGAAGUAGAGGGGGUGGACAAGCAGAAAGACCUGACGCCGCCUUGGGAGCAGUUCCCCUGUAAAGACCUCAACCCCAAUGUGCUCUUCACCUGCCACCAGGAAAAUCAGGACGCCCUUGCUAUCGCUGAGCCAAGUCGGCCUCAAGGAGGUGCAGAAGGUCGGGCUCACGGCGAGGAGAGCGAGCCCUCGGAUGAUGAGAUGCUGUCUCUCUCCAGCCAGCGAAGCAACGCCAGCACGGCCCCCCAAAGACCCGACCCCCCUGCUCCAAUGCCUGCCGCCCCUGCACCUGCAGAGGAAGUGGAUCUUCUUGGCCUCGAUGGGGCGGGGAUCAACCGUCCUUCAUCUCAGCCCCCGUCCGCUGCAGCCGCAACUGACCUUCUCGGGGACUUGUUCGGGGGCCCACCCCAGCCAACCAGUGGGGGGUCAUCUGCCCAGUCCACACCACAUAAAGUAGUCCCAAACACUGCCUCGCCAUGUCCCUCACCGGCACCAACAGCAUUUGAUCCCUUCGGGGCAGGUCCCAUGCCUAAGCCUCAGGACAUGAUGGGUUCAUUCCUUGCAACAGGCCGAAACUCCCCCGUCCCACCAAGCACCCCAACCGUCAACAUUCAGCAGCAAAAUGCAAAGGGAGGGUGGGACUGGAACAGACCCGCUACUACAAGCACAGGAGCAGGCUUUAGUAUGGGAAGUCGGUCAGCCACUACGAGCCCCACAGGCUCAGUCAACAGCACCCCCACCCACCAAUCCAAGCCAAACUUGGACCCAUUCGCUGACUUAGGCAACCUCGGUGGAGGCUCUGGCUUCUCCAGCAAACCGACCACUCCUACUGGGCCUACCCCUUCCAUCCCUCCCAUCCCUCCCAUCCCUCCCAUCCCUCCCAUGGGCUCCCCUUCCCGACCACCCCCGUCUCCCCAGCAUGCAGAGGGGUGGCAGUCCAACCCAGGAGCAGGCUUCCCCUCGUGGCAGCCAGGUGCUGGAGCUGGCGGAGGAUGGCAACCCCAAGGACCGGGCCCCGCCCCGCAGCCAAAGCCCAGCCCCAGCCACACCCCCAUGCCUCACGCAUCGCCCGGGGGCCGACCCAACUACAAUGUCAGCUUCUCAGCAAUGGGAGGGGGCUCGCCCAGCGCAGCGGUUAAAGCACAGGCUAGCAUGGGUACUAAGCCGAAAGUCGUGAAUGCCAACUUUGAUGACCUGCUGUCUGGUCAGGGCUUCGCUGGGACCAAAGAGAAGAAAGGGCCCAGGACUAUAGCAGAGAUGAGGAAGGAGGAGAUGGCCAAAGAGAUGGACCCUGAGAAAAUAAAGAUUCUGGACUGGAUCGAGGGGAAGGAGCGUAACAUCCGCGCUCUACUGUCCACCAUGCACACGGUGCUGUGGGAGGGGGAGACACGCUGGAAGCCUGUAGGCAUGGCUGACCUGGUCACGCCAGAACAGGUCAAGAAGGUCUACCGCAAAGCAGUCCUGGUCGUGCACCCAGAUAAGGCCACAGGACAGCCCUAUGAACAAUAUGCCAAGAUGAUUUUCAUGGAACUAAAUGACGCCUGGUCAGAAUUUGACAGCCAAGGACAAAAACCCCUCUACUGAAUAAAUAGUGAGAGGAAGUGAGUGAGAAGAGGAUGUCCCUCCUGAGUCUGUCGUCUAACCCUAAAAGUGUGUCACCACCUUUGGUCGACAGACUACAGCCCCUCCUCCAACAUCGCCUUUAUAUCUGUGCUUUGACGCAUAUCUCUCUUCUCAACAAACACAGAACAUCCAGUCGAUCUACAAAGACAGUAAAAGACAACAAAACUCCAGUGACUGCUCUAAUGAACCUACCUACUGAAUGUUUGUGGUGCAACAUUACCCUCCCUUGUUGAGUGUCUUUAGCCCUGAAACCAACCCAGCAUUCAAAGCGGAGUCACCGGGACGUCUAGAAAAACAAAAUAAAUGCUUGAUUCAGAGGAGAUGUAUCAAAAGUGACAAGAGACGGUGGACAACCAAGAUUAGAGAAAAAUACAUCGGGGAGUAAAUUGAGCAAGCAUGUCACAGACUGCUUUUAAAAAGGGGAUUCAGGUAGUCUGUAAGGCACAAGUAAGCAUUUCAUAUCAAUUUAAGCCACUUACACACAAAACAUUGGUUUUCCAUCCAAAAUAGGGGUGGUUGGAGGUACAAAUAAACAAUCUUUCUCAUUUAAAAAGUGCAGAGAAUAAUUACAAAUUGCUGACACUGCUUCUGAUUACAGGUCGGCUUCUUAAUUAUCUUAAAACUGCUGACAGUGAAUGAAAAUGAAAAUGAAGGGGCUCUUCAAUGAAAACACAGAUCAGAAGGCUGCUCCCAACCUUAUAUACAUAUAACAGAUUAACACUAUGGUGUUUUGACUUUAGGUGAAUGAUUCUUGAUGUGUGUUCCCAUGUUUGCAGGGAACCGAGGGUUAUAUACUGUAUUUUGGGAUUAGCACAUGUACAGAUCCAUACCUGAAGCACCUUGAGGCUUCACACUCAUACAGUCACAUGUUUUUUUGCAGGCGAGCUGUGUGAAAGCACAAACUUUGCUCGGUGCACCUUUGAAGGAAAGCCAUUGUUAUUUAUUUAUUUGUUCAUUUUUGUUUGUCUUUAUCUAUUGUUUCAUGUGUCAGGCCUGCUAAAUUAUUUUUGUUAAAUUUAACUGCACAUGUUGUCAGAUAAUGUAUGUAAAGGACUUGUUUGGGUUAUUUGCGGGGAACUGUUUUACUCAUUUACUGACAAAACACAGGAAUGUCUUCUGAGACUAUAUCAGACUAUGAUAGCUUUUAUAGUCUGCAAUAACAUUUUCCAAACAACAGAUGUGGAAAUAUCUAUUACAAAUGACAUUUCUAUUCAAAGUCCCUAAAUUGCGAGUCGCAGGAUUGAAAAUGUUCUCAUACUGUAAAAUCAUAUGAGGGAAUUAAUGAGCUUUAGUGAAACUAAUUUCUCUCAAAUCGCUCGUAUUACAUAUCUGCUGUUAUUUCAAGACUUAUAUCAAAACACUGAUUUGCAGUGAUUGCAAAAAUGUUUUUUAAAAUGACUUGUUAUGUAUCUUUGUUUACAUUUGUUUACAUUUACAUCACAGCACUGACACUUUUAUUUGUAAUUAUCAUGCAGCUUUUUGUGUGCUCUUGAGUUCUACUGACACACUUUCAUAUCAAAGGUAACAGAAAAUGUUGCAUUUUUUAAUAGUUGAAUUGAUUGAUUGAAUCUAAAACAGAUUAAAUUCUCUCCAUAUAGUUUGAAUAAUAUACUGAUGGUAUUGUUCCUCUGUACGAUAAAAACUGUAAUACUGGUGUUGUCAUUUUGUGUAGAAAGUAUUAUAAGGUUCUGAAAUUAAGUCCAUCGGCAAUUGGCAAACAUAUGCAAGAUAGAGAAUACUUAUGUACUCAUUGUAAGUUGAAACUGAAUCAAUUCUCAAUUUCUCUGACAUUUUAUUUACAACAUCCUUACCUUACAGCUUCGAGUGAUUGACAGAGCUCUACUGUAACCCCCUGUUUAAACUCAAUUUUCACAAAAGCUAAUAAGGCAGAAUAUCUACCGAGACAUGUUCAUAAACCACUCUUUAUAUCAUUACUGUUUUCAUACUCUCUGUUUUGGAAAUCCUUUUUAACCGUCAUGUGGUUUAUCUCCCUUGGUUUGACUUCAUUCAUACCCAGGACUCCAAGUUUGUUCAUGUGUGUUUCGGACUUUGACUCAAUACUGAACACUGGAAAUAAAGUAUGACUUCUAAA